UGCCGGAAACAAGAAGUCAAGUUGCUCGAAGUUGGCAAUACUGUCAAUUUUUGACAGCCUGUUCUUGUCGCAUGGGAGGAUCCUUCUGAAUCACAAUGAGCACCAAACGUGUGAACACAACAGCGACUGCUCGCUUGAAGCAGGAUUACAUGAGGAUAAUGAAGGAUCCUGUACCCUACGUCAGAGCGCUCCCUCUCCCUUCCAAUAUACUGGAGUGGCAUUAUAUAGUGACAGGACCAGAAAAAUCUCCUUAUGAAGGUGGAAUAUACCAUGGAAAGCUCAUAUUUCCACGAGAAUUUCCGUUCAAACCACCUAGUAUAUACAUGAUUACUCCAAAUGGAAGGUUUAAGUGCAACACAAGACUGUGUCUGUCUAUCAGUGAUUUCCAUCCUGACACCUGGAAUCCUGCGUGGUCCGUGUCCACCAUACUCACAGGAUUACUCAGUUUCAUGCUGGAAAAAGAUCCCACACUAGGAAGUAUAGAAACAUCAGACUACACGAAGAGACAACUAGCUGCCCAGAGUGGUUCUUUCAAUCUAUCAGACAAGGUCUUCUGUGAUCUCUUUCCUGAUGUUGCAGAGGAAAUUAAGGAGGAACAGCAGCGAAGAGCGGAAGAAUUAAGACAGUCAACCAACCGUGGAGCAAUAGGUCAGAGGUCACAUUCAAAUGAUGGACCAAACCCGGCAGACCAUGAAAACCAGGGACUGUUUGGGAGUGCUCUGGCAAAUAUCUUUGUGAUUGUAGGACUUGCAGCUUUUGCAUACACUGUAAAAUAUGUUCUUAAAAGCAUUGUGGAAUAGGAGAAGUGAUAAUAGCUGACCUAGCCUAUGAAUGGUUGUACUGGAAUGUCUUUCAUUAAGUCUUCUUUUUAAUAUGUACAGUUUAUCAUCAUAAUAAGGGACCGGAUUGGACCUUGUUUUGUUAAAAUUCAUAUAAUGGGAGCUUGUGUCAAAGGAGUUAGUUUUAGAUACUUGGAAAUAUGAGCUCUAAAUGUUAUUUUUAUCAGUCAUUUAGAAUAUUUGUACAUUUAGCUUUGGGAAUAUAGAAUCGGGAAAAAGGAAGAAGUAGGUCUUUAUCUGAGUAGUGAUUUCAUAUACAGUCAAACCUUGUUAUCUCAAACUCCACAGGACUGAGAAAAAACUAAGAGAUAUCUGAAGAUUUAAGAUAUCAAGGGGAAAAUACUAAAGGAAUAAGUAGGAAUAUGUGGUUGGGAUUUCCAAAUCACAUCGACAUAUCCAUGGUAUUCGAGAUAAUGGUGUUUCAGAUAAUAUUCGAGAUAAUGGUGUUUCAGAUAAUGAAGUUCAACUGUACUUGAUGACGAAUCUCAACCUGCGUGUACAGGAAGUAAGAUCGUAAGGAUCAUACUUUUGUUACCUGAGGGCGUAAUUAAAAGAAAGUUUGCCUCCAUUCUUCUGAUUCAGAAAAAAAUUGGUAGGAAGGAAGGGAACUCUUUUUCAAUAACAACUUGUGAAUAUCAAAUCAAAAUAGUUGUUGCCAGGGUGAGAAAAUUUUAGAAAGGAUAAAUGAAUAAUUGUUUCCUGGAGGUUUAUAAAAAAAAGUUUGAGUUGGUUCAUUUUAGUAUGUCAGUUGGGAGAGGGCAAACAGACAUUUUUUGAAGAUGGCCUGCUCUAAUAAUAACUUGGGAAUAACCUAAUAAUGACUUGGGAAUAACCUAAUAAUGACUUGGGAAUAACCUAAUAAUGACUUGGGAAUAACCUAAUAAUGACUUGGGAAUAAUCUAAUAAUGACUUGGGAAUAAUCUAAUAAUGACUUGGGAAUAAUCUAAUAAUGACUUAGAGAAGACUUGAUGUAAUUUAAUUUAUCUGGUUUGAAUUCUGUGAUUUAUGCUGUUUUGUUAACAUCAAAUACAUAGUGUUUAUCAGAACUGUUACAACACUUCUCCUUGACUUCAUUAAUUUAUAAACAUCUUUUGAAAGUUAUCACUACAUUCUUAGAAAAUCUAAAUCUAAAAAGAUCUUUCACAGAAGGUUUUGUUUUAGAACACAAAAAUAAUUUUAAUGCCAUUAAUUUUUUUCAUAACAAAAUAUUACCCAUAAUGGAAGGUUUAUUUUGAUUCUUAAAUGUAUAAUUUUGUGUAUGAAUUGAAUGGACCUGGUGCAGGAGUUUAAUUUUAUGUUUAAAAGUGUUUUUAAAAAAGAAUACGGUUGCACACAGUACAACUUCUGUGUAUAUAAGCAUUUUAUUUGCCACUGAAAUAGUGAUGUGACCUUAACAUGUAUUCUAUGUAGAUGCUUAUUUCCAUGUUUGUUUUUAAUACACACUCGUCUGUAAAAGUGACUAUAUAUUUUAGAAAUAAUUAUGUGUUAUCUGUUUUUUUUUCUCAUGUUUAUUUCUACUAUGAUGAAUGUUUUUGGUAUUGUUUAUUUUCUUGCAAAUGUACCAUUUAAGAUCAAGAUGAAUGUAAUUAAAAUAUGCUACUGUAAAUCACUUUUUAUUUGCAAGAUCUUUAUUUUAAAGUUAUUAUGGGAGAGACCGUCUGAUCACAAAAAUGUUAUUUUCCUGCAUAUCUUCUCCUAUAUAUAUUGAAGAAUUACAACAAUUACCAGAAUUUCUGAAAGUUUUGGCUCGCAUAUAAAUAUUAUAAGGCUUUCUCAGGAAAAUAAGGUGUCGCAAAAAAAUGGUGAUCUAAGUAUCAAUAUUUCAACUGAACAUACUUGAGGAAGAUAAAAGGAAAGGUGUAACUGAGCAUAACCUCAAUAACAUAUAACUGUCAUAGUUUGUAAGUUACUUGGUAAUGACAUAAAAUGCCAAUAAGUAUUGUUCAAACAUAUUUUAAUUACAUUCAUGUUAUUGAUUAUUUCCAAUAUAUAUUUUACCAGUAUAA